UUCCGUUUCCGGGUCAGAUGAAUGUUUUCACUUUACCAGGUUUGAUACAACAGACGGGAAAUAUUAGCGGUUUGUGGGGACAGAACGGUGUUGUAAGACCCGGUGGGUUUGCAGAGUUGCAUAAGAAAAGGUCCUCUGUACAGGAAAAUGGCGUUUGAGUUUCAGGCUGCGAAGCUUGCGGAGAAGACAACAGAACCCCUCCCCCUGGAGAACGCCUCGCUGCUGUCGGACGCACCGGAACAGGACGGGAACAGGCUCUGGAUAGGCAACCUGGACACACGGCUCACCGAGUUCCAUCUCCUGAACCUAGUGAAGAAGUACGGCACUGUGAGACAGCUGGACUUCCUGUUCCACAAGUCUGGGCCGCAGGAGGGGCAGCCUAGAGGGUACUGCUUCGUUAGCUACGAGACUAGGGAGGAGGCAGAGAAGUGUAUCCAGGCCAUGAAUGGUAAAAUGGCACUGUCCAAAAAACUGGUGGUCAGGUGGGCACAUUCACCCAGGCCCCUUUCCUGGCAGAACUCCAGUAAGAACACAUUACAGAGUGCCAGAGAAGACAGUAAGGAGUCCAACAUUAGUAAACAGGUGAAGAUCCAGGCCAUCGAGGCAAAGCUGAGAAUGAUGGAGAAACAGAAGGAUGACCCCUCCUCCUCCUCCUCCUCCAGACCUGGACCAUCCCAGCCCCGCCCUCAGGACAGGACACGACAGAGACACCAGCCGUACGGCAGGGCACAGAGGGGGCGCAGGAGAUGACAUCACCAGUUGUGUGAUGAUGUCAUCAAAACUGUACAAUACUCUGUGAUGAUGUCAUCAAGAACUGAUGAAGGCACUGGAGGUGACAUCACCAGUUGUGUGGUCUGUGGUGAUGUCAUCAAAACUGUACAAAACUCAGUGUAGGCAUCAACAAGAACUGCUAAGGGCACUGGAGAUGGCAUCACCAGUUGUGUGGUUUUCAGUGGUGAUGUCAUCAAAAUUGUACAAAACUUGGUGUAGACAUCAACAAGAACUGCUAAGGGUACUAGCUGGAGAUUACAUCAUCAGUUGUGUGGUCUUCUGUGGUGUCAUAAAAACUGUACAAAACUCAAUGGUGACAUCAUCAAGAGCUGCUGUGGGCAGGGAGGGAAGCCCUGGAGAUGACAUCGGGAGUUGUGUGGUCUUGUGCGGUGAUGUCAUCAAAAUUGCACAGAAUUCCAAGAUGACAUCAUCAAAAGUGGUUAAAAAUAAUACCGGGCAUCUUCAGACGCUUGGAACCUUUUGUAAACAUUUAAAGAAUUCUUACAUCAAUUCAUCAAUAGAUAUGACAAUAUUAUGCACAGUUUCAUCAGACAUUGCUGGACAGACAAAAGCUUCAAUUUAAUAUCAGUAUUCAUGGAAUACACUAUAUAUAUAUCAUACUAUUUAGUAGUAGACUUCAGUGAAAUUUGUAUUUGUUAUCUGCUAUUUACAAUUCUUUUGAAAACGCCUUGGUCACUUAUUUAUAACUCAUCUGUAGAAAUACCAGGGGAGAAUCUAAAUAUCAGCCAUAUAGUAAUAAUCUGCACAAGUUUAUUCACAGUUUUAUGUCAUUGCUGCAAUGUUUACAGGUGAAACAUUACAUGUAUAUCCUGUUGUUCCUUAUGUAAAUAAACAUUUCUCUGAUUUAUUAGCU